AAAUAAUUUGAGCUUUUUAUAAAUCCGCUAUUCUGACAAAAGGACACGUAAUAUGAGCAGUUUCAACUCUUUGGAGCUAUUGUCACAAGCAGCUUCCCUUGUCCAGAUGUCAGAGGAGCACGGCAAAAACGGAAUGAGCAAGUGUACAAUCUGUGGGAACGCCAAUAGAACAUGCCUCUGCGACAGAUUCAAAGGUCUCAGUAACCAGAACACCAAAUGUAUUCAGUCCCAAAACUCUGCUUUCUCUCGCAACAUCAUCAAGCCAAAUCCCAUCAAGUACAACAUAACCAACAGAGGACCCUACACAAACACGCCCGGUCAGGAUGUGGACGAUCACUUCAGGAAAUCUCUGGGCUCUAAAUACGAAGCGCCCCAAAACAGCGACGGUUCCUACACAAUCCAGCAACAGAGGAACGCCUCGGUAGAGGACCACUUCACUCGUAGUCUGGGUAAAGGAUGGCAGGAGAAACUCCAGAUGAAAAGUAAGAGCUAAACAGGAUCCCACCUCGCUCUUCUCGUCUAAUGUUUAUCAGAUAUUGUGCGGAGAGGUACCGCACACAUGAUCCAGCACGUGCACGCUCGCGCGCGCGAGACUCACUCGUGCCGUUAGGUGAUCAGAUAGAUUACGCGGUUCAAGAUACGCGGUACUUGCGGUCAAUUUGCGGUACAUGCAGAGGAAUUGUGCAGAUUACAGACAGAACUAUUUUAUCGAACUUUCUCGUUAAUAAUAAUUACACUGUUUUAUUGUUUGUAAUUUAUAGCGAUUAUACUAUUAUCCGUGUGAUGUUGCGGAUGUGUUAAAUUCGUCGGAAAAUUGUAUUAUGAUCUGAGGAUAUCGGAUCCCAUGUCUUUGAUGAAGGACACGACUGUUGUUAGAGUAAAGAAAACCUACUUCAUUGAGUAGAGUACUUCUGGAAAAUGAUAACUAUAUUUCUAGGCCGCCACAAUAUUUCAUGACGCUCCUGUGAUAUACCAACAAUUUGAAUUUUGUUUCCGGAAACGAAAAAUAUUUAACUUAAUACCAGGUAGCCCAAACACAUUACAACUCAAUCGCUGAUCUCAUUCAGUUUCUACUUUUACCAAGAUUUCAGGCCCAAUUAAUAUAACCUGUACGUUAUUGUACACUGUUCUCCCGGGCUUACACGGAAUACUUUGUGGGGGAGUCAUCAUUUUAACCGCUCCAUUUGGAGCACCCACGUUAAGUCAGGUACAUUGUCCUGAGUGAUCAGCACACCAUAGAAGAGCACAUAAUAGAGAGUGAGAGUAGCAGUGGGUACUCACACCAAUACUAUUAUAUGGGGGAGUUGACGGCAGGCUAAUGCCCUCUCUUUCUGUCUCUCUCCGCAAACCCGAUUAUCUCUUUUCCGUGCCCGUCAUCAAAUGAGCCCCCCACGCUAAAACGAUUGUUCACAGGGUAGUUCACGUGUAGUGAUGAUGGUGAAACUGCCUGGUGGCUGUAGGCGCUUUGAAUCAUUACCCCGUCAUGCGGCUAAGCUGCUUAUCACACCACUCUGCGCUCAGUAAAACGAGCAGCUAUAUUGGGUAUUAUUACACGUAGUGUUACCCUCCUCUCUCUCUCUCUCUGAGCUGAUAACCCGAUUGUAGACUCCAGGAGGAGGGGAGAGAACGUUGGUGAAUAUCCUCUCUACCACACUCCCUCCUAACGAUGAGGUGACUGCUUCUCGGACCCCUCCCUUCGCCCCCACGUACUGUAUCCGAUCUUAUUGGCUCCGUAUCUAUAAUAGAUACUCCACCUGAUAUAACUGUAUCGAUUACUCCUUCAUCACAAUUGUCCCCGUGCUGAGUGCAGUCAGUUCUAUAUUUAGAGUAUGAUUCACGGCUGUAGUAGAGGUUGAAAAUAGAACAUUAGAACGGAGAGCGCGUGCAGCAGUCUGGAUGAUCCUUCCCUCCUAAGAAUCAAAAGUCUUCUUGUCCCCAGUAUUUUGUAUCAUGGGAUGAUCAGCAAUUCAUUUUUUUUCUCCGGAACAACAAUUUUAUAGAAAGUUAAUUACCGGAGGUUAGCCUUUUAUUUCUCCGGAACUAAAUUAUAUGUAAAGUUAACUACAGGGAGCGUUGUGACGUAGGGCGGGUAUUAUUCGCGGUUGAGAUCGUGGUAACAGAAAUCUCGAGAGAUUUUUAUGGAUACUUGAUGAGUGAGAGCUAUUUAAUUGCAGUAAACGAGUCAAUGAACGAGGGUGCAAUAUUAUAUCCAGUCCCUUGCAAUGUAACGAAUGUAACCUGAUUAAAUUAAUUUAAUCGAUUCUAAAAUAGAUAUUUGUUUUAUCGGGUUAAAGUUUUCACGCCAAGGUCCGGCAAUGAAUUUAAGGAAAUGGAAUGUCGUAAUAAUUGUGAAGACCCGUUUUUAUUUUCUUUACUGUUUUAUCUUAAUUUGAAGAUGCGUACCAAUGGCUAAUUAUCAUCCAAUUUUUUUACGAAAGAUUGUAAUUUUAUGAA